GUUAUUAUAUACGUCAUAUAAAUAAUUUCACAAAACUUCACCUUAAAAAAACUGCUAAAUUUGGAAUACGAAAUGUGUGAACCUUUUGUAAUACGGAAGACAAAUUACUAUAGCGAUAUGAUACAGGAGUAAACAACAAACAUCUUACUGAAAUAUGAUAGUAAGAUUGUUAUACGGUGAAUAUCGUGGAGCGAGAUGACAAGGGCACCUGAAUGUCAUAAUUUAUCAUUCUUAUUUACUAUAUUUACAACGAGUACAGAAUAGUUACAAUUAAGUUAUGUUUUAACAUUUAAUUAAGAAAAAACCACCAAAAUGGAUAACACAUAACUUUAGUCUUAUUCCAAGCUGACACAAUUUAAUGCUCGAAAACAAACAUUUUACACAUAGUAACUGACAUUGAAACACAAUGGCUAACUCAACACAGGACCAGGACCACCUUCUAUCAGAUCUUAACGAUGAAGAAGCUAAACUUUUUAUCCCGGUGAUAUUAUAUGUGGGGAUUUUAAUGUUAAUUGGUACGAUCGGGAACUUCAUGGUUGUGUAUUUCUAUGGAUGUAAAUCUAAGGCCUCACCGUCAGUUAGUUUUAUAUUUACACUGGCUAUUUUCGAUUUAGUGACAUGUGUUAUUGGAAUGCCGAUGGAAAUUGCUGAUUUACGAUACUUUUUCAAUUUCAGAAGUGAACUUGCUUGUAAAAUAUUACGUUGUGUGACAUAUUUUGCUUCUAUUUCUUCCGGAUUUACUCUAGUUGCCAUAGCAAUAGAUCGCUACAGAAGAAUAUGCAAACCAUUUGAAAGACAGUUGAAUAAUAAACAUGUAAAAGUGGCUUGUGUAGGUACUGGUAUUCUUUCUCUCUUACUGUCUUGGCCAGCAAUUGUGUUCAAUGAAGUCGUUGAUGUAGAAAUUGUAAACAAGGACGGCAUUACCGUAAUUGGAAAAGACUGCACAACAACAAAAAGAGACGAUUACAGGCCGUUUAUGCUUGCUUUUAAUAUCGUUUACCUUGUUGCUUUUACACUUGUAACACUGAUAUUAGCGGUUCUGUAUGCAUUUGUUAGUCGUCAGCUUUUCAGACAUAAGAAAUUUAGAUCUUACGUUGCGAAAGGUAGUACAAGCGUAAAACGAAUAACCGUCAUGUCGAACUAUGAUUCUGAUGAAAACUUGUUACCUCCCCGUGAAACAAGUACGCUUUCAAACAGAGUCUUUGAAGAUCCUCCAGAUGCAUCCGGAUCUGUGGUUGAUAUGAAAGAAUUUGUGACACGUGGCCUUACGCAAGUUGAACAUGAUCGCCCAACUUCCGGUUACACGGCAAUAACCGGAACUACGGGGCUUACCGGAUUGACAGAUUUAAGCGGUAAAAGCAGGGGCACCUUGCAUAGCACGAAAUCCAUGAAGUCUGUCACAAUUUGUGAUCCAUCACAAAAUCAAAUCUUUCCCAUUGAAGCGAGGGAAGUUUUAAGACCAUCAAGUAGCAGGUCACAAUCAGAAUGGAAACGUAAUGUUGGGAAUAGACCAGGGACUGCAAGCAGUUUUGCAACAUUUUCAAGCCGCCCAUCAAGUGCGGCAUUGUCAAGUGUCAGUGAAUUCUCAAAAGUCACACAUAGGAAUGGGAAUGAUGUUAAUCAAAAAUUAGAUAAUGAAUAUGAGGGUUCUAAUACGGACGGCGAUCAAGAAAAUAUAGAAGCUGCAAAUGAAGUUCAUGAACAGUCAGGUGAAGAAAGUGAUGGAAGAGUGAGUAUAAGGAUAUUUGAGCAUGAUAUAGACGGAGAAACGGUGACUGUUACAGACGAAACCGUUUCUAGUUUAGAUGAAACAUUUAUGGAGAGUGGUGAAAAUACAAAAUCAAAACGUCCAGUAAAUGACUUAGAUGAGAAUAUAGACACGGCGUCUGUAAAUAACAUUGAUGAUGUUGGUGAUGAAUCGAAAGAUUUUGAAAAUACAGACGCGGCGACUGAAAAUAACAUUGAUGAUAUUGGAGAUACAUCGAAAUAUUUUGAAGCUAAGGACAUUGAGCAAGAAAAAAGCGAAACCACACGUAUUACAGAAGUUAAAAGAAGUGAAAGACCACCAAGUACACAGAGUAGCAAAUCAUCAAAAUCAAUGAGUAGUUACAUUUCUAAAAGGUCAAAUGUUGUAACUCCUCUAAGCAAAGUGACUAUGACCUCAAGUGUCGGUUCGCGAGCUAGUACAGUCAAACGUAUAAAACGUCUGUUGCAUGGCAACGUUUUUAAAAAUGCCAAAAUGAAUACAGAUACUGAUAAAGUGAAGGAACUCAGGAUGAAAAUGUUGGAUAUAAGUACUGUAAAAUAUACAGUUAUUAUGUUAGUUAUAACAAUUGUAUUUGUGUUUAGUUUUUUACCCUACCUCGCACUGGUAAUCUGGAGAUACAUCGAGGAUGACCACGAAGUCAAUUUCAUGUCAGACACUGGACUUGUUUUUUUCCAAAUUGGUAUUCGUUCGAUAUUUCUUAACAGCUCCCUAAAUCCUGUAAUUUAUGGUGGUUUUAAUUCAAAAUUUAGAGCUUUCUUUUACGACACAUGCUGCAGCUGUUGCAUGACUCCGAAAAGGAAGAGGAAGAAAAGAACUCAGUCACGUGAUCAUUCUGAUAGUACUUCCGGGACGUGACGUGGCGAAACUGCAUCAUGGGAAUGCUGUUUAGAAUUUAUUUGUCCAGUAUGAAUAUGCAUUACGUUCCAUAUUCUUUAUUCAUACAUAUAUACAAAAACUUACUCAAUAUUUUGUAUCUUCAUAAAUAUAUACACCAACAACCAUAUUUGUAGACGAACCUCACCACAGAAAGAAUCUGUUUGUUUGAUCUAUAAAUUGAUAAAUUUACUCAAUAUUUUAUUGAAAUAAUGAUGACCGUAUUUAUAAAUUGGGGAAUCCAGACGGACAGUAUUUUCAUAUUUGUUGUAGUGAUAAAAUGAAUUCUCUAACAGUAUAUUAUAUAAUUUUGUUAUGCUUAAUAAAAUAUAGUUUACCUGAUAUUUUACUUAGUUUCCGAAUUAAUUUCCAAGCAACAUUAUAUGCCUUCGUUUCCUAAACAUGUGAAGAUUGGUGUAUGGGUUCUUUAUUUUCCGAAGUGUAUUAUUUUAACCAGCGACAGGCUGAGAAUUCAACUUACUUUCCUUUUAAUUCAUCUUCCUUCAUUCAUACACUGCAGAACGUUUUAGAACAAGACGAAUCGAUCCUUUCCUAUAUUCAAAUAUCUAAACGUGUAAAAGAAUUUAGCCUUAGCAGUAUGAAUAUUUCCCCACUAUAAAAAAUAAAAUACAUAAUUCUAUCAACUUUAAAACUCUAUAAAAUUUCUCUCGAUGACUUUUCUUAUCAUGUCCAAAGAAAUUCGCAUGUCUUCUCAACCAAUGAAAAGAAAGAGCGGAACAAAAAGAUGAAAUACACAUAAGGAGGGAGGAUUGUAUUCGGUCUGAACAACUAAAUAUUGACUCUGUUACAUAUAUUCAACAGUGGGUAAGUUAGUUCGUAUUCUAAGUCUUUCAAAGAGAUUUGCAUACGUGAAAUGCAACUUUUGUGUUCCUUUGUGUUAUCUUUCGAUGCAAAGGUCACAAAAACAACAAAACAUAACCGAACAAAAACAAAUAGAACGCACUGUUUUCACACGUACGAAAAAACCGAAACGGAGACUAGCGUGAAUGGAAUUCCAAAUUGGGUUACCGGACUCGGUCUGGAAAAAGUAAAAUGGUCGCGUUUUCCCUCCAAUUCGUCGAUAUUUUAUUUUAUUUAAGUUUAUGGUGUUUAUUGGAGAGGUCUAUCAAAACCUCUCCAUAGUGCUGGUUUUCAAACAAGGAGAAUUUAGACUAAUCUACUAAUUUUACGGCGUUAGAUUUCACUUUCUAGCGCAAAUUACGGUAAGCCAUUCUAAAAUGACCCAAUGCGCUUGCGUACAAGUAAGUUUUGAAAUAUUCUAAGACGAAAAUAAUUGUUCGUUUAAAAUAAAGAAAUAUAGUGUAAUACUAUUGUUACAAAUGUUGGAAACGGUUCAGUUAUUAACAAGAAAUAUAUAGAUAUAUAUUUACUAUUCUUUAUUCGCAGUAUUCAAAGAUAUGCAUAUGAAUUGAAUCACGUUGAAAUGUAUUUCAUUCAAUUAAAUGAAUUUUUAGUUUAACUGGUGGGUUCGUUUGCCCUGUUCGGAAGAUCUGCCGGAAUAAGAAGAAUUCUUCCGAGCUUCUGAUAGUUGGAGAUGUUAAUCACGUGAUCAAAACAAGGCGGCAAUUCGACAGACUGAGUAAUAAACUAGAACAAGUAAAAUGUUUAGAAUUUCAAAUAGCACAUUAACAAAAAAAAUAUCUAAAAAAAAACCCAUUUAAAAAAGAAUGAUAUUUUCACUUCCAGCAGACGUCCGUUCGGUUGGGAUUUUCUUCUAAGUUUUUCUAAAGCUUCUCGCAAGCUAUUCUCUUGGGCCCGUUGACAAACAAACCUGUGAGGUGAGGUUCUCGCAAAAAUGGUAAGAUUCUAAUCUGGCAGCUUUCACCAGGGCCAAGUUCAGUGUACAAUUAUUGCGGUGGUAGCUUUUGAACGUUUUUAAAUGAAAUUCAGUAACUAGGAAAUGCUUGGGCUUACAGUGACAAAAUACAGUCCUCGGAUUGGCGGAGGUUGAUCAUAACCUGAAGAUGACUUAUGGAUUUUGAGGUCAUUAGGUCAUGGUCACAGUGACUAUGACUCCUGAUAGGUCACAGUGACCUACAACAAGGAAACUGUUUUUCGUUUAUAGCACAGCCUAUCAUAUAACCAGACAACAAUUAGAUAACAAUUGUUAUCUAUGUCUCUGAUAUAGCUUUAUAAGGAACAACACUGGACCUCUCCUAGGUUUCUUUUUUAAAAGAAGCCUACUUGUUUUUCUCUCUGUUUUUCUCUCUGUUUAUGCAUUAUACAUCCCAUCCCAUUCUUCCUCGGCGGUGUUGAUGUCUUUUUAUAAGUAAGUAUCUGAACAAUACCGUAUUAUCAUCAUCCAUAUUGUGGUGGGCGGCCAAUUCACGUGACGUUUGUAUUGUACACGCGGAAAAACCGUCUCGAUUCAAUUUUUUAUUACUAAUCUUUAUUACUUGACGGAUAUUCAUAAGAUAAAGAGCGUCAAAGACAAUAAAAUGAGUGCUUUCCUCUGCAGAUAGCGUCUACCAUCAGUUUUCAGUUGUUGUUUUUUCUUAAAAACUCUGCCCAACUGCUUUUCUUGGACUAGAGGAAAGAAUGUUACGAAAAUCCAUCAAGUAAUAAGGAAAAUAUAGGAGAAAUGUUGAUUUUCUACGUGUGUACGGUAUCCAAAAGACACGUGAGUUGGCCACCCUCUGCUGUGUUACAACACAUUUUUACCAAAAAGACAGCAAUCCGUUAAAUGUCUCUAACAUACUACAUACGUAUGCCUCAAUAGCCAAAAUUGGCUACACUCAUAUGCCAAAAUAGGAAAAACUGACAGCCACAGAAAAGCUAAAUUCACUGCAUUAGCAAGAGCUUAAACUACACAAAGGUUUGACGCUUACAAAAACAAGAAUAUUUGAACGCGGAAAAUCAAACAACAAAACCUAUUUUUGAUACAGCUGCGUCUAACAAAAGGGUUGUAGUGUAUUGCUGAACAGAACAGAUUUGUUAUUUUUAUACAUACACUUGAACAUAACAGUCCAUCAUCAGCUUUAACAAAUUACAAUAUGUAAAUGUAUACCGAAAAAAAUGGCGGCCAUUAGAUGACACUUUCUGUUAGUUUCAGGUAAAUAAAUGUUUGACUUACUUUUUCUUCUACUAUUUCACAAUGUUAAAACGUUUUUUUUUGUCUAGUUAUAAGAUUAUACAACUAAUCAGAGGUCCCCUAAAAUCCAUUUUAUGCAGACACAUACUUUACUUUUACUCUCUACUAUUCACUUACUACAUGUUUUGACCAGUCUCCCCGGAAAUAAAUCAAAAGGCCAUUAAUCUAUUUCAAAUGAUGUAAAAUGAUGCUAACUACUGAACUAAAAACGCUUAAAUUUUUCUUUUUUGACGA